UCUUAAAAAUGGAAUAUUGUAUUUAUAAUUAAGUAUUUUUCAAUUACUCUAUGUUGAGACCUGUGAAAAUUAUAGUUUUCCCUACCCAAUUUUUACUGUUCAAAGAAACUGUUUUAACUCACCUGAGGUAAUUUCUUUAAAAAAACAAUCAAAAAAUUGCCUUUUUUCGUGGGUUACACUAGUGUAGGCCGUUAAGCUUAGAAACGGUAAUUUUAGUCAUUUCUGUAUAAACAAAACGCAAUAGAAAGUGAAUAUUUCAUUAUUUCUGAGUAAAAUUAAAAAAAAAAAAAACAUGAGCAUAGCAUCAUUUCCAAAUCUUUUCUUGUUAACCAAUCUUUAAAAUGGAAUACUGUGUUUAUAUUGGAAUAUUGUAUUGUUCAAGUACUCUAUGUUGAUACCUGUGAACAGUAUAGUUUGCCCUACCCAAUUUUUACUGUUCAAAGUAACUGUUUUAACUCUCCUGAGGCCCAGAUAAGAUUUAAGUGCUCUCCGCGCAGUGAUUUAAAAUGGCGCAAGCCACACAGAAAUGCUUAAAUGUUCGUCGAGAUGAGUAUGUGCGACAGUCCCAAUAAAAAUUCCAAACGGGACAAAAAGUCCCUGACGCCUUUCAAAAAAGUGCGUCGCCAGAAUUGGAAACAGGAAGCGGCCUACAAGGGUGAUAAAAGCAAGAGUCAUACGGUGUCCAAUGGCGGUGAAAGGUUCAUACCAAAGCGCUUUGCGCGGGAGGACAUCGAGCUCAACCUGAAAUACAUCGGCAAAGGGGAGGAGUGGGAUAUUCUGGAAGCGGGUGAGACAUUGACGGCCAGCUACUGGUUGCAAAGCGGAUUUAUAGCCAACAUCAAUAGCACAUUUGGGAUCCAGGAGCGCCGCCUGCUCCAGUUCAGCACUGCCCAAGGGACCCCAUCCAUGGUGGUGGACAGCGACUCUGCAGACUCCGACUGGCCAUGUAAUCCGCGGGCGCGACCACAUGCCGUUCAAAAGGCCACGCAUGAGAUGCCCGGGAUUUGCAGUCCCGUUGACUACAACUUGAUGGACUGGUCGUCCAGCGGCAUUGUGGCCAUGUCAUCCGGCCAGGACAUCAUGUUGUGGCGCAAUCUGGACGAGAGCACCAUGGUCUUUAGCGUCGACACGCCCAGUUCGCUCAAGUUUUCGCCGGACGGCAAAUAUCUGGCAAUCGGAUGCAUGGAUGCCAACUAUCCCGUCCUGGACCUCUGGGAGGUGCGGUCGCCGAUGGUGUUCUUGGUCUCCUUUCGCAAGUUGUUAUCCAAAUCCAUGGGCUACAUAAGCUGCAUCGAAUGGUCCCACGACGGCAAGGAGCUCCUAUGUGGCACCUACUGCGGAGUGAUCCUCGUACUGGCCAUGCCCAAGCUAAGGACUCUGAAGCAGUUCCGCGAUCACCGCCACAAGGUUAACCAAAUCAAGUUCGAACCCACUCGAAAGUAUUUUGCAUCCAGCGAUGUGGGUGGCCAAAUUUUAAUCUUCGACGCCGUGUUGAAAGUUCGCCUGCUGAAAGUUUGCGGCAAAAAGAUAAUCUUCGACUGGCAUCCAUGGACGGGUGAGGACCUGGUUGUGGCGGAGCAGAGUCCAGCAUCCAUUUUCAUCUUCAACAUCCCACGCCGACAGUUUGUGGCUUUGUACAGGCGCCGGGAUGACAAGAUAGCUAUAAAGACGGUCACAUUCAGCAAGAUCACGGGCGAGUUGCUGGUCAACGUUAUUCGGCGCGGUGAUGGUGACAUCGCGAUGUGCGAAAUUCUGGUCCUGGCCUCCUUGAACCGUGUCGUUGACUUGUUGUCCCACCAGGAUCGCGGCACUCUGUUCCUGAUGUGGAGUCCAGAUGGAACCAACAUUGCCACGGCCGGCCUAGAUGAAACCUUUUCGCUGUGGAACUUCUUUCCCACCCACAUGCAAGAGGCCAUACUGCGAAAACAGGCGCAACAGGCCAAGAACAAUCAAAGCUCCUUGUGUCUGUAUAAGGGAAUUCGGUGACCUGUUCACAGGUUUUUAUACGUGUACUACAUGUGUCUAGUCUUUUGUUCAAAUUGUGCUUUUCAUUAUUUAUUCAAUUCAAAUUGCUUCCAUAAAAAUUCCAUUGGAUUUAA